AUGAUGUCUCUGCGUUUCUGCGUUCUGUUCCUGGCUCUAGCCGCAUCUUCUCUGGCCGCGUCUUCCCUGACCGCCAAGACUCCGCGUCUGCCCAUCUUGGCCGGAUUCUACAACACUGGGUCGUUGUCCAACAGCAUCACCGUGAUUUCCUCCAAUACCAUCCUGGUUCCUUCCUACAGCAUGAUGUCUUCCUCGCCAGCGGAGGUUCGCAUCCGCUCCAAGGACACGCCGCCGAACGAUUCCGGCGAGAUCUACCGCGUCACGCGCAUCCUGUACGAUCCCAACUCCGACCCCAUAUCUUCGAUGAACAGUUUUGUGGUUGCACGUCUGGACAGGGAUAUUGAGCUGGGAAAAGACCGGAAGGCACCCAUUGUGUCCCGCGAGGCCGUGGUCGUGCCCGAGGGUCAGGUGUGCACCACUGUGCGCCGGUCCUACGACACUAUCGGCUACCCCUCCACGACCUCCUUGAAGCACCAAGACGUGGUCGCCAUCAGCAGCGAUCAGUGCCGCGAGCUCAAUCCCGAAAUGUUUAGCGACGACAAAUUCAUUUGCAUCGGGCCCAUCAAUCCCAAUGGCGAGUCGCCGGAUAACGAGUGCCAGGGGGACACCGGUGCGCCGCUUGUCUGCGACGGCCAGCUCGUGGGCAUAAACUCAUGCGGUAAGACGUCGGUGAACCCCUCGCAUCCCCGUCUCGCUCUCUUCCUUUGCUUUCCUUGCAGAGAUCGCUUGCUACGGCCAUGCGUGCGCCUUCAGGAGAAUCUCGAGCGUUGGAGACUUCGUCUUCGACCUGUAAUUCCGAUCCGGCAGCAACUCGCAGCGGCAAACGGACUUCAGCUGACAACACCCGAGGCGGAAAAUCCGCCAUUCCGGCUUUUAAUGCGUCUUCGAAACGCUUUUGAUCCAAUAAAAUUAACUUGA